CUCCCCUCACUUUUUCUACUGCUCCAUCUCCCCUCCCUUUCUGUCUCUUGCUGCAUCCCUAGCUCAAAAAGAAGAGCACCUCGACAUCACUUAACUCCAAGUCACCUUCCCUUUUCCAGCUUGCUCUUCUUUCUCAUUUCCAUUUUUCUGUCCUCCAUCUGACGAAAUCCAGCACCGUGAUGGAUAACACCAUGUCAGCCUAUUCUGAAAAGCUAAAGGAGAUGUCAGUGUUGUCACUCAUCUGCUCCUGCCUAUAUUCUAAGCCUCAUUCUCAAACCAUCAGCCACUUUGAGGAUAUGGAGGUAAAGUCCCUGAAUAAGCGAACAUCUGGCCAGGCUUUUGAGAUCAUCCUGAAUAGUCCCACUGAUUUGUCACCAGACAGGCCUCAGAGCCUGUAUCUGGUGGCCGACAGGAAGGAGCCUUCACUGGAAAAUCUACAAAAAAAACUGGAUGCUGCUGAAGAAAGAAGAAGAAGUCUGGAGAAGCAGAUUUUGAAGCAGCUGUCAGAGAAGCGAGAACAUGAGAGGGACGUUCUCAAUAAGGCCCAUGAGGUUAAUAACAACUACAGCAGACUGGCGGAGGAGAAGCUCAAUUACAAAAUGGAAGUGAGCAGUGAGAAUCGUACGGCCCAUCUCAGUGCCUUAAAGCAGCGCCUGAGAGAAAAAGAGCUACAUGCCGCAGAGGUACGCAGGAAUAAGGAGCUGCAGUCUGGACUCUCUGGCUAAGGCAGACACCACAUCUUCCUAAGGUCUACCAACCUUGGGUUUAGGGGAAAAAAACAUCUAAUAGUCGUUCUACAUGCCUGAACUUCAUAAAAAAAUUAACUUGCUUCACAUUUACCCUGCACUUUCUGGAAUACUCAUGCAUAUACAAGUGGUGAAUGAAAAUGUAUGAGUCAUUCCCUGUUUCAGUCUGUUAAAGCAAUAUGACAGUUAAUUGAAUGUUAACGACAAUAAAAUGAUUUAAGGGAAGCAUAAUGACUUCAUAUAAAAACAUUGAUUUGUGACUCUCAAUUGAAAAGACUCUACUUGUCAUAAGUGUUGAACUAGCAAAAUAAUUUAACAUAGUCUAAGAUCUUUUGACCUUCUUACUUGUGAAAAUGAAGGAAUGUCUGUGAAACCUUACAUGCAUUAAAUGAUCUAUGAAUAUGAAAUUA